GACAAGGCGCUAUCAGGGGAGCUGUUAGGGUGCCAUCAUUUUGACAUUCGCCAAAAGCCCGUAUGUGACAUCGAUCCGCCUCGGAAGUGGUUUAUAUAGUCUGGGGUUCCAUUAUUGCUCCAGAACUGGUGCGAAUUACCUUCUCCAUCUCAGACUACAUACAGCCACAUCACCGCAUCAAAACAAUUGUUUUGAGGUGGCGAUGUCUGUGCUGUUGAGUAAUAUAUAUGUAUUCUUCGGUUGCAGUGCCUAAGGUCUAUAUAUCCAUGAUAUUGAAACCAAUUGCAUGAGAUGAGCAAUGCAGGUCCUUACAGAGGAGCAAACGAGAGCGCUAGCGGCCGAAACUAGAGGUCCCAUUCUCCUCGGUCUUUCGAUAUCCUUUACCGUUUUAUCUUCCAUCUUUGUGGUAUUACGAGUCAUCGCAAGGUUCUGGAUUAUUAAGGGUGCAGGAUGGGAGGAUUAUACUAUAGUGGUGGCUGUGGCCUUCAACGUAGGAAUGGCAGCGUGUCAGAUUCAAGAGGUGAGAUAUGGCACUGGCCGGCACGUACAGUUUCUUGAAACGUCACAAGUCGUUGGCAUUCUCAAGUAUCUCUUCUGGAGCAUUAUCUCUUACUGUGUCACCCUUAGCCUCGUUAAAACGAGUAUUCUCCUCCAAUACUACCGCAUCUUCGGGGGGAACGAUGCAACGAGAUAUGCAAUCUACGUGGCCCUCAUCAUUGUCAUCGCAUUCGGAACGGAGUGCGUAAUCAGUGAUAUCUGGACCUGUGUACCAGUUCAAGCCUUCUGGGAACUCAGUCUCCGGCCGACCUCUAAAUGUGUGGAUCAGAACAAGCUCUUUCUGGCCAAUGCCUGCAUAAACAUCGCUACCGACCUGAUAAUUGCCACGAUUCCUCUGCCCAUCGUCCAUAAACUCCGCAUCCCCUUCCGACAAAAAAUUGCAUUGAUGGUCAUCCUCGGCAUCGGUUGGUUCAUAUGCGCCGUUUCCAUGCUCCGGCUCAACUCCAUCAUCGGCCUCGCUAAGCAAGCCGACACUACCUUCUACAGCGGUGAAACAGCUUACUGGUCCACUAUCGAAGUCAACGUCGCGAUCAUCUGUGCCUGUCUCCCGACGUUAAAUCCUAUCUGUAGGCUGAUCUUCCCACGCUACUUCAGAUCGACCCAAAGCGCGAAGUAUGACUCGAACAGUGAGCGCAUGUUAGGCAACAACGCGUUCGUUCAGCUCGCUGGGGGCGCCUCUGCGUCGAAAUCGAGGCAGGUGGGCAAGAGGAGCUGCAAUGGGGACGAGGACGGGCUGCGAGCGGCCGAGAGGUACCAAGCGGGGGUGGCGGCGAAUCUAAAUGGAGACGACGGGAGGGCAGAGGAUGGGAACGAGCAGGCGAUUCGGGUGGAGAGUAGCGUGCAGCAGACCGUCUACAUCGAAGACGAUGAGAGCGGGCAGAGUUAUACGAGUGCGAGCGUGAGCCAGAGGGACUUGAUCCCUAUGGUUCCUGGGCGCUAGUGGAAAUGGAGCUUCUCCUUUGACGAUUUAGACUUCAUUCGUGAGUAUGGCUCACAAAUGACAAAUAAGCUAUAAAAUAAGAGCAAGGCACCCUUAAUAUGGUAUGUAAGUUAAGAUAGCCAAACUUCAGUGCUGAUACGAGAAUGAUGCGGAAGUGACGCCAAACUAACACAAAGAUGUUGCUUUGCCUCACUCACCCCACUCACCCC